UCUGGGCACCUUCCCAGCCGCCGCUCCGUCCACUCCUGGCUGCUCCGGGCGCUCAGGCGGUGCGCGGGGCAGCCCGGCGCGGCGCGGUCAGGCGGUGCGCGGGGCAGGCGCGCGCCGGCGGGGCGGAAGGCCCCGUGGGCGGGAAGCGGCGGCACCAUGUCGGUGAGCGAGAUGUUCGCGGCGCUGCAGGGAGCGCUCGGCCAGGACCAGGACAUCCGAGAGGAGAUCCGGAAGGUGGUGCAGGCGCUGGAGCAGACGGCGCGGGAGAUCCUGACACUGCUGCAGGGCGUGCACCAGGGGCCCGGCUUCCAGAACAUUCCAAAGAAGUGUCAGAAGGCUCGUGAGCACUUUGGUACAGUGAGGACACAGAUGGAGUCUCUGAAGACCAAGUUUCCUGCUGAUCAGUAUUACAGGUUUCAUGAGCACUGGAGGUUUGUACUGCAGCGGCUGGUGUUCCUGGCAGCCUUUGUAGUCUACUUGGAGUCAGAAACGUUAGUAACCCGAGAAGCUGUUGCAGAAAUACUUGGGAUUGAAGCUGAUCGAGAACGGGGCUUUCACCUGGACAUUGAAGAUUAUCUUUCUGGUGUAUUAACUCUGGCCAGUGAGCUGGCCAGGCUGGCAGUGAACAGUGUCACAGCUGGGGACUAUUCUCGCCCUCUCCGCAUCUCAGCCUUUAUCAAUGAGCUGGAUUCUGGCUUCCGCCUCCUCAACCUGAAGAAUGACUCCCUGAGGAAACGCUACGAUGGCCUGAAAUACGAUGUCAAGAAAAUUGAGGAAGUGGUUUACGACUUGUCAAUCAGAGGACUCAAUAAGGAGGCAACAGUUGGUGCAGGCGGGGAGAAGUGAAGGAUGCUCGUUUGAACAGCAUCAUCAAUUACCUCAGAUGGUUGCCAAUUUAGGAAGUACCUAGAGAAGCCUUCCUACAGUAGUUUAGAAGAACUGCAGCUCAAAGCUGCUCUCUAUUUUCUUACAAAAGGUGUAGUACAGGUGUUAGAUGUUUUGUAAAAUCAUGUGUAGAUUAGGACAGGAGACUGUUUCCAGUGGCAUUCCUCUGUCAAACACAUGGUGCCGUUCUCUGCACAGCAGCAAUAGAAGUUCGUAACUCCCAUGAGCUGAGAUUCCCAUUACUUCUGUCGUGUUGCUUCCCUGCUCUGUCAGGGAAGUGCUGUGGCUAUCUCUGCUCACACACCCUCAGAGGUGUGUGCACAGCACACAGCUCAGUGCAGACACAUGGGAUCUUUUAAGAAACACAGUGCGUAAAUACCAACUUUUUUUUAAGAAACCUUUUUUUUUCUUUUUGUUUCUUAAAUUUUCACCUAUGUAAGUUGAACAAAUGUGCAUAACUGUUUAUGAACCAGAUCUCUUUUUUAAUGGUUUCUGUUAAUGUACCCCCCAUAAUGGAGAAAUUAGUGGAAAUACUAAUAAUUCCUUUAUUGGAACUUGCAUCCUAGCAUAUCUCUCUCUCUCUCUCUCUCCCUCUCUCUCUCUCUCUCUCUCUCUCUCUCUCUCUCUCUCUCUCUCUCUCUCUCUCUCUCUCUCUCUCACUCACUCUUUUUUUUUUUCCUUUCCACCAGAAUUUCAGUUACCAGGGAGAGCAAGGUCUUCUUAGACACAUGCUUUCUCUGUCCGGUAUUUGUUCUACUGUCAUGAGUAAAUGCAGAGUUUUAUAUGAUGAUUUGCCUUGAGAACUCAGUGUAACCAGUUUUCAUGUUUUUUUAACUUCCAAGUUUUCUGAAUAGAGAAGUGUAAACUGAUAAACUGCAGGUGGUGUCUGAGUUAUAACAAUGUGUACAGGCCACAACUGUACCUGUGUCCUGGGAUUAAAACAAAAACAACACCACAAAACUAUAGUUUGUGUAGUAAAAUGUUUGUAUCUCCAGAAACAGGACAUUUACUGCUUUCAGGUAAGUAUGUAAGAUGUUGCAAACACCAACAGCCUCUUUCAUGUGUGUAAGUGGACAGAUUCAUGCCUCCUCAUGGGCUUGUUCUCUUUUCCUAAAUUACUUUGAGUUUUGCCAUUCUGCUUCUGGAGGUGCAGGAGUAACUUGGGAGGAGGAGGAAUACUUCAGAGGAUGAAUGGGAAUGGACAAGUUUAUGUGGGGUUUGUUAGUGUUUCAGUUUCUUAGUGAAGAUUUGCUGCUGAGUUAGGGAGUUGUUUUGUUUAUUGGAAGAAAAUGGUUUCUUGGUUAUUUUGGACAAUAAAAGCUGUUCUUUGAUUAUG